AUGUCAAAGCAAUCAUCACCAAACAUUAAUUCCGUAGCAAUAAUAAUAUUGGUAUUGGCAGCCAUCACUUUAUUAGCAACAAAGACAGCAGCAGUUGAGCCAGCAGCGCCGGUAGCACAAGUCCUGGAGCUAUUCAUGCACGACAUUCUAGGCGGCAGUAACCCCACCGCGAGACCCAUCACCGGCUUAUUAGGUAACAUCUACAGCGGCCAAGUCCCCUUCGCCCGCCCCCUCGGCUUUUUCCCCCCUAAAGGCGGCGUAGCCAUUCCCAACUCCAAUGGCGCAAUCCCCACUAUCAACCCUAACGGAAUCCCACUCGGCACCGGCUUAAUCGGUACAGCUUUUGCCGGCACCCCAAAUAGUAAUAGUAAUAAUAACAUAAACUCGGCGCAACUAGGUCCCGACGGGUUGGGGCUAGGGUUUGGGACAAUUACGGUGAUUGACGAUUAUCUGACGUCAGCGCCGGAAUUGGGGUCGCAGCAACUGGGGAAGGCGCAGGGUGUGUACGUGGCGAGCUCCGCAGACGGGUCGACACAGAUGAUGGCUUUCACGGCAAUGAUGGAAGGAGGUGAGUUUGGGGACACCCUUAAUUUUUUCGGAGUGUACAAGAUUGGGAGUACGAUGUCGAGGCUGUCGGUCACCGGUGGGACCGGUAAGUUUAAGAAUGCUUGCGGAUUUGCGGAGGUCAGGUCUCUCAUUCCGGCCGGCCAGCAUGUUUUGGACGGCGUCGAGACCUUGCUCAGGAUCACUGUCCAUCUUACUUACUGAUCCAUAUAUAUAUUGUUUUGUUUUGUUUCGAUUUGUUUUUUGUGCUUGUUCAAUACUAAGGAUUCUUGAAUUAUUAUUAAUUUGUGUGUUUGCUGUUACAACGAAAUAUAGUGUCAUGGUUAUUAAAUUCUUACGAUUUACCAUUCGAUUCAUCCAAUUAUAUAUUUCAAGUGUUCAUUUUUUAUUUAAAUAUCAA